CGCGCGGGCUGGAUCCAGGGCCCCAUGAGCCCCAAAGUGGGCAGGGGCUAAGCGGGCCCCUAUGCCCUUCCCAUCGAACUACAACUCCGUAUCCUCUCGGUGCCGAGUAUUGGUAGUCCGGUGGAUGGUCAUGAAAUUCGAGGGGUGCUAUUCUCGGGCGUUUUUACCAGAUAGACAGCGGCUUUCGCGAUGUCUCAGGCUGGAAAUACUUCACUUUCAUUUUUUUCAUUAUCACUUCCUAUUUUAGGCAAUUUUUGGCUAAUUCUUUUCCGAUUUUCCACAUGGCUGAGAUGCAGCCAAGUGCGAGAAUAUCACAGAACUCUGCAGGUCCAUCCCCACCACGACUGCCUUGACCCUUUGUAACAUAGCCAAUUGAAAUAUGAGGAAAAAUUUGCUAUCCUCAAUAUCGCCGUCUCUAGACCCCUAACAGAUUAUCCUUCGUUGAAGCCCGUGGCCUCAGUCAGACCAACCGAUAGGUUUUGACAAGCCUGACUCGAUCUAUCUUUGGUACAUAAAGAGCCGAUCGGUCAUACUUUCCCUUGAAGUCAGAUGCAAGCUAGGUUCCUUCGUUCUGCAUUUCGCCCCAGUUUUACUGUCACUCGCUUGACGUGCAUGGUGCGUUCUAUUCUCUCGUUUCUGCAUCUGCACCCCUGGUUAUCAUCAACAUGGUGCAACUUCCCCUGUGGGCCUUGAAAAUAGGCUGCUUCUACGGCCUUAUAACCUGCGACACUCGCCCAGGUGUUUGGCCUGAUCACAAGCCUCAAGUUAUUUCUUGGGAGCCACCCCGUCAUUCUCAUACUACUACUACAACUGCCCAUACCACCGUCCACACUACUACUGCCCAUACCACUACUGCCCACACCACCACUGCCCAUACUACUACCACUAGUGUGCCAGAGGUCACUACAUCUAUUCACUCGUUGACCACCUCUUCCUCUACGUCAAUUGCUGUGACUCUUUCUCCUUCGUCUUCCCCUGUUUCUUCUGGAACUAGUGGCAUUGUUUCUUCCAUUGAGACCGUUUCGCCUACUAGUACCGCAACCCCUUCGACCUUUGCCACUUCCACAUCUGUGUCUAGCCCCUCAAGCAGUGCACACCAGAGUUCCUCGGUAGCGAGUUCGUCUUCGAGCUCACCCAUCAACUCGCCAAGCUCUACUCCUGGAAGUACCCCAGCGAGCCCCGCUACUUCUCCAAGUGCCACUACAGGUGGAAGCUCUACCUCGAACCCAACUUCGAGUCCCAUUGCUUCUUCCAGCUCAGUUGCUUCUUCGAGUCCAGCCAGCUCUACUUCUACCCCUGGAAGCUCUUCAGCUAUUGGAAGUUCCUCCAGUACUGGCAUUUCUUCCAGCCCUGCAACCUCCUCGAGUCCUGUAGCCUCUUCAAGUCCUGCAAGCUCAUCAGCACCUGCAAGCUCAUCAGCACCUGCAAGCUCAUCAGCACCUGCAAGUUCAUCGGUACCUGCAAGCUCCAGCCCUAUCAGCUCCUCGACCCCUGUCGGGUCUUCGUCUACCCCUGCAUCAAGCCCUGCUAGCUCUGCAGCUUCGUCCUCUCCUGUGUCUUCGAGUACUCCUGUCUCCUCAAGUACACCGGUCAUCUCACCAACCAUGUCUUCCACCGCUGUCUCAAUCUCGGCGAGUGCCUCCGCUACUGCCGUUAGCCAUGCCACCAUUGCUGGCAACAUUCUGGUGAUUGCUAGGGACACUGCGUCCGCUGGCGUUGCCUCGUCCGGUCUUAAUGCCUAUGGUAUUCCUUUCACCACCCUGAUUGUUCCUCAGUCCGGUGUUACCCUUCCCGCUUUGAACACCAGCACCGGAGGAAACUUUGGUGGUAUUGUGGUUGCAUCUGAAGUCAGCUAUGACUAUGGCACGUCUGGUUUCCAGAGUGCCCUGACUACUGACCAGUGGAACCAGCUGUAUGCUUACCAGCUUGCCUAUGGUGUCCGUAUGGUCCAGUAUGAUGUUUACCCCGGCCCCAACUUCGGUGCUACCGCUGUUGGAGGUGGUUGCUGUAACACUGGCGUCGAACAAUUGAUCUCUUUCACCGACAUUAGCGAUUUCCCCACCUCCGGUCUGCGCACUGGAGCUGGUGUGAGCACUGAGGGUCUGUGGCACUACCCGGCUACUAUCAGCAACACCACCUCUACCAAGCAGAUUGCUUCCUUCGCUGCCAACUCUGUUACCACGUCCGACACCACUGCUGCAGUCAUCAACAACUUUGAUGGUCGUGAACAGCUGGCUUUCUUCAUUGGCUUUGACACCACCUGGAGUGCUACUUCCAACUACCUGCAGCACGCUUGGAUUACUUGGAUCACUCGCGGUCUAUACGCCGGAUACCGUCGUGUCAACCUGAAUACUCAGAUCGACGAUAUGUUCUUGGAGACCGACAUCUACUAUCCCAACGGCACUCUUUUCCGUAUUCGCACUGAGGAUAUGGAUAACGUUCGUAACUGGGUCACGACCAUCAACGCCAAGAUGAACGCUGGCAGUACCUACUUCCCCGAAGUUGGCCACAACGGAAACGGCAACAUUGAGAACGCAUCCAACACCGAUGCUGGCUACACUGCCUGCAACGAAGGCGGCAUCGAGUAUGACUCUCCUGCUGAUACCGCCCUCGAGUUCCAGAAGCCUCUGGGUACUGGUACCAACUUGUGGCCCACUUCGCCCACCAGCUACACCUGGACCACUUCCUGCACUCAGCGCGAUCCUCUCUUGACCUGGUGGACUACCCCCGCCAACCUCAAUAGCUUCGCCUCUCUUUCUCACACUUUCACCCACGAGGAGCAGAACAACGCUACUUACGCCGAUAUCUACAAGGAGAUCAGCUUCAACCAGGCUUGGCUCAAGCAGAAUGGUAUUGAUCAGGGUACCCACUUCACUGCCAACGGUAUCAUCCCCCCUGCUAUUACUGGCCUCCACAACGGCGAUGCCCUUCAGGCCUGGUGGGAUAACGGCAUCAAGAAUUGUGUCGGUGACAACACCCGUCCCGUCCUUCUCAACACUCAGAACGCCAUGUGGCCCUACUUCACCGUUGUCUCCACUGAUGGCUUCGCCGGUAUGCAGGUCAACCCUCGCUGGGCGACCCGUAUCUAUUACAACUGUGACACUCCUGCUUGCACCCUGCAAGAGUGGAUCGACACCUCUGCCGGCAGCGGCACCUUCGACGACCUGCUUGCUACCGAGAAGGCCGAUACCAUGCGCCAUCUGUUCGGUCUUCACCACGACGGUUACAUGUUCCACCAGGCCAACCUGCGCAACGCCGACGUUGAUCCCAUCACCAUCAACGGUGUCUCUGCCAAGUACUCCAUCUUCCAGGCUUGGGUUGAGGUCCAGGUCCAGGAGUUUGUCCGCCUUGUCACGUGGCCUCUCGUUACUCUCAAGCACGCCGACAUGUCUGCUCAGUUCCUGGCUCGCUACAACCGUGAUGCCUGUGGCUACUCUCUGAGCUACACCACCAACAACGGAAAGAUUACCGCUGUCACUGUCUCCGCUACUGGAAACACUUGCAGUGAGACCAUCCCGGUGACCUUCCCCACUGCUCCAUCCAACACCCAGGGAUUCACCACUGAGCAGCUGGGCAGCGACCCCACCACUGUCUGGGUGAAGCUGUCUGGUUCCCCCGUUACCUUCACCCUCUCUACUCCUAUUGCUCUGUAAGAGUGGAUAAGAUUUUGAGUUUGUCUCAUGUUUCAAUCGCGAAAACGUUUCUUGUUGAUUCGGAUCUAAUUUUAGCUUAUGUUAUAUUUUGUGGAUAACUCUUUCCUAGACCUGUCUAUAUUCGCAUUGAGUUUAUGGUGGAAAAUAAUAUACUUCAAGCUUGCUUUGUUGAUCGAAAACUUUCGAAAACUUUCCC